AUGUUAAUUUACAAUUCAUCAAAUGAUCAUCGUGUUCAUCGUCAUCAUGAGCACGUUUCUGUUAUUCCCAUAGUUGGAAUUGGGGGUCUGGGGAAGGCCACACUUGCCAAGUUAGUGUACAAUGAUGACAAGGUUGAGCAGCAGCAUUUUCACCUGAAAAUGUGGGCAUUCCAUGAAUGUUGUAGAAAAUUAGGCAUUGAACAAUUGCAGUCCAUGCUCCGAAGUACUUUGUAUGGUAGGAAAUUUUUGCUCGUCAUGGAUGAUGUUUGGAAUGCUGACCAUCCAAAGUGGAUUGAGUUCAAAAGUUUGUUGAUGGAUGGUGCCAGUGGAAGCAAAAUCAUUGUCACUACAAGGAGCAACUAUGUUGCUUCGAUUAUGGGAGGUAGUCACCGGUAUGAUUUAGCUGGACUUUCAUGGAAUGACUGCUUCGUGUUAUUUGUGAAAUGGGCUUUUCCACCAGGGGAAGAGAGGAAGCAUCCGAACCUCCUGAAAAUUGGGGAGAAAAUUGUGAACAAGUGUAAAGGAGUUCCAUUGGCUGCAAGGACAUUUGCAAGGAAAUUGUGCGAUAAAACUAAUGAGCGUGAUUGGUUGCAGAUGAGAGAUAGUGAAAUUUGGAAACUGGAAGAUCAGAAGCAGGAUGAUAUCAUGCCAACGUUGAGAUUGAGCUAUGAUAAAUUGCCAUCUUACUUGAGACAAUGCUUUGCAUUCUGUUCAAUUUUUCUGACUGGGAAAGAAUUACCGGAACAUGUACUUAAACUCGAGAAAUUGAGGACCAUUUUCUUUCCACGAGAUGGGACAUGGUGCAUUCGCGAUUGCUUAGUUGAUGAAUCCAUCUCAAGGUUCUUGUUAUUGCGCAUGAUUGAUUUCACAGAUUCAUGUUUUGAGGUGCUGCCACGUUCAAUCGAGAAAGGAAUAGAAUGCUUGACCUCUCUUGGGCCUCUGUGGAUCACCGGUUGUGUUAAUCUUGCUUCGCUGCCUGAUGAAAUUCAGAACCUCACUGCUCUUCGAACAUUAGUCAUUAACAGCUGCCCGUGCCUAGCAUCUCUUCCAAGCAGCAUAGGAAAUCUAACCAAGUUACAGAACCUGAUGAUUAAUGAUUGUGAAGAGUUUGGCGUGUCAAAGGUGAGAGGCAUUCAGGCCCUUAGAAUUCAAACAGUGGUGAUGGGAGAAUUGUCAAAGUUGAAGACCUUGCCCCAGUGGCUUUAUGGCCCUGCUACUAGCAACUUUUGCAUCGUGUGCUGCCCCAACCUUGUGAAAUUACCCUAUUGGCCAGAGAACUCGACAUCACUCCACAAGCUCGAGAUUUUAGAAUGUCCUAAAUUGUCAUUGUUGCCAUAG